AUGUAUAAGACAAGAUUUACUCAGUGGGGCUUCGCCAAGAACAACACCGAGAACGAAGUCAAACACCUCCUUUCGAUGAAGUUUGAAAGAGACGCAGAGGGAAAGGUCUCCGAAUUCAUCCGUAACGGCAAGGUAGUGAACCUGGCAACCUACCUUAAACGGAAAGGCGUUACCGAGUAUGACCUCGUUGAUUUUGAAACGACAUCGCGGCUGCCUGCACACGUUCGGUGCCGUACGCCAUCGCCACCGCCAUCUCCAGCCCCCGGCUAUCUAAGGUCACCCGACCUUAUACGGGCGCAGGAGAUCCUCGUGGGCAAUAUGCGGAAGACUCUAAUUCAUUGCCAACAAAUAGAAUCCAGAAAACCCUUCCAGAACGGAUGGAGCUCCCUGCUCUUAUGGGGUGCCGAGUCGAGCGGCAUGCUUUAUCAAGCCGGCAAGCUCUUCGGGCGGAGUCAAGACAGCCAGGCCGGCGACCUACUCAUGCGAGCGUUUCAGCGCCUUGAGGUUGACCUUCAGCAUCUAUCAACACAGGGCACUAAAGAGUUGCUCUUCUGUUUAUCAUAUCAAAAUCCGGGCAUGACGACGGCCCUAUCCAAGUAUCUCGCCGCAUACUCAAUGACGAAUUAUGCACGGCUACACCCACUACGCCUCAUCUUCUCUAGCCUAUACGAGGUACUCAGGAAACAUGGGCCUGCCGCCUUAUCCGACCUGCGCCAGGGAUUCUUUCCUGGUAGCCUGCCGAACACGGCCAGGAGAGGGGCUUGA